AUGACUGCGCAACAAUUUAGCACCAAGUUCAAUCUGUACACCCGACGUAAUCCAGUGCUUGAGCAGUCUAGCAUUCAACCCGAUGGUACCGGUAACCGGGCCAAUUUUAAUAACUCGCUGGUCACCAAGUUCGUUAUGCACGGCUGGGAUGCGCCACAGGGUUUAGGCCUAUCAUUGGAAUCCAUUAAAAAUGAGUGGUUAAAUGCCGGCGACUAUAAUGUGUUUAUUGUGGACUGGAGUCAAGGGAACCGUUUAUUAUCGUAUGAUCAGACUAAAGCUAAUAUACCUACUGUUGCACAGGCUAUUACAAAAUUAAUUACCGAGUUACAGAGUAAAUCUGGAUUAGAUUUGAACAAGGUGCAUAUUGUUGGCCAUUCAUUGGGCGCACAUAUUGCGGGUUUAACGGGCAAAGCUUUUAAUGGACAGAUUGGUCGCAUAACUGGUCUUGACCCAGCUGGACCUGGUUUUAAAGGCAAACCCUCAAAUGAUAAACUGAGCCCAUCAGAUGCUCAAUUCGUGGACGUCAUACACACCGAUGCGGCCCCAUUGAUAGGUCUGGGCAUUACUGAAAACUCAGGUCACAUUGAUUUUUACCCUAAUGGUGGUAAUCUACAUCAACCUGGCUGCUAUAUUAACAGGAUCACAGAGGUGGUUGAUAACGGUCUAUCCGCUGCUGUGGCCUGUAAUCACCUCCGGGCGUAUGACUAUUACGUCGCAAGUAUUAACCCAAACAACCCGAAAGGUGUGGCCACCCAGUGCUCAAACUUUGUCUCAUAUCUGGCCGGUGGGUGUAAUGUUGAUGCCAUGGAUGAUAAUGUGGCACAUGCUAUAAUGGGUGAACAGGCUAUACUAUCUAAACCUUAUGCAAAUAGCACCAUCGGUCAUAAAUACUAUUUGACCACCACCAUAUCGUAUCCCUAUUUUCGUGAUGCA